AUGCCUCCUCCUCCCAGCACGACCGCCGGCGGCUCCAACUUUGACAAGAUGAAGAUGGGCGCGCUCAUGGGCACCGGUGUCGGCCUCACGAUCGGCUUCAUCUUUGGUUCGUUCUCGAUUCUCCGCGGCGGCCCCGGCCCCCGCGGCGCCCUCGCCACCCUGUCGCAGUACAUGCUGUCGUCGGCUGCGACGUUUGGUUUCUUCAUGAGCAUUGGUUCGCGAGCGUUGCUGCUCCUGUGGCCGCUCAGGUCUCUCUGGGCGAUGGGUGACCCUCCUGCCGGCGAGCUUGCACGUCCAUCAUCACCCGGCAGCCCAUUCUACCAGCUAAGCUGGCCUUCGCCUUCAGCUGACCUCCAGGUGAUCAGGACAGACGCGCGCCACGCCCUCCCCGCCGGCACCUCGCCGUAUGCCCAGGUCGCGACCGAGCCGUACCGCGCCGCUUUCCGUCGUGCGCAGGCUGAGAAGCUGGCUCGUGGCCUCUAA